AUGGCCAUGCGGCACUCGUCCGUCCCGAUCCGUCGGACAUGCCCUGGCUUUGGACGCGGGUGGCCUUGUUACCUGGGGGCCCAGCAGCUGAGGGGAGUAUCAGGCUAUGGGAUACCAUCAGAGACAACUACAACGCCCCGCCCUGUAGCAACAGAUUUGUCUAUGCUCAAGGCCGCAGCUGCUCCAGUUUUAAGACAAAACAUUCCAAGAGUAAUAUGGGCAGGGGUAUCCGGUGACUUCGCUGUGGGAGAGGAGAACGAUUAUAGUGAACUGGACGUGACCGUUCUCCACGAGCCCGAGGAAGAUGACCCGGAGGGACGGCCCGGAUUAUCACGGGCUCUUUGUGAGGCUCUCCCUGUGGCAUGGGGCCGAAAGGCUCUGGUCGAGGAGUUCGACACCAAGGAAGUACCGUAUUUUUGGGCCGUCUUUCGAGUCUUAUGCUCUAGGACGAUUUUUGGAUCAGAUGACGACCCUGUGAUAGUGCGAGUGCGUCGGCAAUGGCGGGAUAUUUUGGAAAACGGGUUGGUGCGUUUCAAAUCUAUUGUGCGUGAUAUAAACGAUAUCACUGCUGCUGUUCGGGAGAAGUCUCGAGAGGAAUUUGUUUCGGAUUUUCAUUUCCGUCAGAUGUUUUGGAACCACGAUGACUACGACCGUGUACGAAGACAAAUCGGAAGAAUUAGGAAGGGCCAUUUGUCACAUUUGUCACAGCUGAAGUGUGGUACUGGCCAGUCGGCUCAGUUAUGGGGGUCUCUCUGGAGACUCGCCACAGCUUCGGGUAGAGGGACGUUGGACAAUGUAGGCAAAGCGAUCGAGAGGUCUGUGAUAGCAAGCGUCGAAGACACAAUUCCGCGGAGUGAGCAUCUUCAAUCACUCGCUCGGACAGAGAGUACAAACUGA